AUGUAUUCGAGCGGAUCAUUCCGAAAAGCCGCCGUCGGCUUCCUGCUAGGCGCCACGCUGGUGCAAGGAGCGUACAUUCCAAGCAUCGACCGGCGCAAUAAUACCAGUGCCUUGAACGCUCGGGCUGGCAACGAAUAUCGCAUUGCAGUCUAUCAAAAUGCUCAAUGUACUGGCGAGGCCAUUCCUUACUCCGGUGAUGACGAGGAUUGCCACACUGGUCUCGGCGACGGCGGUGCCGGGUUGCAGCUCUUGUCUCUAGAUGCUGACGGCCAAAUUGUUUUCUAUGCCGAGCCUGAUUGCAACGGUAAUCCGGUGGCCGCCUUCAAUCCAAAUGACGACCAGACCGGAUCGGAUUGCAAGUCUCUGCCCGGAAACCCUGUUUCAUUCCGAUUCGAGAACGCUUGA